AUGAUGCAGGUAGUUGAAGAUUCUGAAAGUCUUCCCUGUUUUAGUGAACAGCUCUCUGGUUGGGCUAGCAGCAAUAAUAUUACCCACAAAGCCUUAUCAGAGCUGUUGGUCAUUAUGCAAAAAAAUCAGAUUAGUGUUCCAAAAGAUGCUCGCACUCUAUUAAAAACUCGUAAGAACACUGGUAUGCAGAUUAAAAUGAUUUCUCCAGGGUCUUAUUUUCAUUUUGGACUCACAAAUUGUCUCAAAAAUCUAUUAGAAAUAUUUAGUAAACAAGUAGAUGUGAUACCGAACACCAUACAGGUAUGUUUUAACAUAGAUGGCUUGCCUUUGUCAAAAAGCUCUACUAGCCAGUUGUGGCCAAUUAUGGUAAGUCUGUUCUUAAAUAAAAACGUAGUUGAUGUAUGUGGUAUCUAUCAUGGAAAGGAAAAACCUAAGAGUCCAAAUGAAUUUUUGAGGGAUUUUGUCAAUGAUGCCAAACAUUCAGUAAUUAAUGGAAUUAUUCAUGAUGACAAGUAUUAUGAUGAACAAAUUUUUGCUUUUAUUUGUGAUGUGCCGGCAAAAUCUUUCAUAAAAUGCACAAGAGGGCACAGUGGGUACAUGUCAUGUACAAAAUGUUACUCAGAAGGCACUUUCAAAGAGAACAGAAUUUGUUUCCCAGAGACAGAGGGGUUGCGACUUCGGACAGAUACUUUAUUUCGUGUCAAAGAUCAGGAAAGCCACCAUACUAAUACCAGUAUUUUAGAGGAAAUUCCCGGCCUGGACAUGAUAAAUUCAUUCCCAUUAGAUUACAUGCAUUUGGUUUGUUUAGGGGUGAUGAAGAAGCUGAUAAAUAACUUGUGGCUUGGAGGUACACCACCAUACAAGCUAGCUAACCUACAAGUGCAGCAAAUAUCUUCAAUGCAUCUUUCUUUUGCAAAGUCGAUAUCGUUAGAAUUUACAAGAAGACCAAGAUCUCUUUCUGAAAUAAAACGGUGGAAAGCAACUGAAUUGAGAUGUUUUUUAUUUUAUACUGGUGCAGUGGUUUUGAAAGAUCAUGUUGAUAGUGCAAUUUAUGUGAACUUUUUGACCUUCCAUGUGGCCUUAACCUUAUUGUCAAAAAAUGUUAAUGUCCAAUAUGCUAAAUAUUUAUUAAAAUAUUUUGUUGAUACUUUUGCAACUCUAUAUGGGGAACAGCAUAUUUCUCACAAUAUUCACAAUUUAUUGCAUAUUGCUGAUGAUGUUAACAUUUUUGGAAGCAUUGAAAAUUUUGCAGCAUUUCCCUACGAAAAUAAUAUGCUUUUUCUAAAAAAGUUAGUUCGUAAAGGCGAUCAGCCAUUGCAACAAAUUGUAAACAGAAUUUUUGAGCAAAAAAACACAUCUCUGAGCAACGCAAAAAAAAAUAAAAAUGAUAAGUUUCCCAUAUUGAAAGGUGAACAUGGAGGAGGUCCCCUUAUCGAAAAUAUUUUUGGCAUCAAGCAAUUUGAGAAUAUUUACUUGAAAAAAUUUCAGUUAUCAUCUUCUAGUGAGUCCAAUAAUUGCUGCAUGCUCAAAAAUAAAAACAUUAUUACGAUAAAAAAUAUAAUAAGUUUGAAUGACAAAAUUCAAAUCAUUGGUCAAAAGUAUAGAACAUUAGAAGAUUUCUAUAAGUCACCCUGUAAAUCCUCUAACAGCACCAAGUUUGAUAUGGCGUCACCUAGAACUUGGACAAUAGUCCAUUUCAUAGAGGACAAUUCAGUAGAAGCAGUGCCAACAAAGUGGAUUAAUGGCACUAGAUGUCUGUGGCCUUUGUUGCCCCCAGAAAAACUUGGUGCGGCAAUAAGGAGACAAGAGUUUAAUACUCAUUGGCCAGAUAGCCCUGUGAGAGUGCUCAGGAAUGCCACUUUUGGUGACUAUGCAACAGCUAGGUCUAAGGCAAAAAAAGCUGAGGAUUUCAGCGACCUCAACUCCACAGAUCCUGAAGAUGAGAAAAUAAUGGAUAAGCUGAAAAUAAGAAGGAGAGUUUUGAAAAAAAGGGUAUUGUCUUCAGAAGAGGAAGAUUGCUCAGACGAUGACAGACCACUGGUCAAGAAAAAAAUGGCAUUGAAAACAUUACCUCCGCCACCUUUAUGGGUCGAAAGUGAGAAAGAAGUUAAUACUUCUUUUGAUAUGCCCAUCCAAGACUUUGAUUCGACUGAAGCUUUGAUAUCGCCAAAAUCAAAUGAAGAAAAUAACUUUGGAACAAACACAUCAGGAACAGAACUAACUGGCUUCAAAACCAUCUGGUCACAAGAAAGUGUACUGUCGCUAAGAAGGACCCAAGAAAACACCCCAAAAAUAAGUAAGAAAAAAGAAGUAGAAAAGGAGCUCCCUGCAAAAAAGUCCGCCACUGACAAUACCAAUUGUGUAUGUAGUUCAUCUGCAGUUCUUUUCAACAUUCAGAAUAUCUUGGUUGAAAUAAAGGCAACUGUUGACAGCCUAGCUGGAGGGAAUGCCUCAAGGCCUCAAGAACAUAAAGUGGAUAUUUUGAAAAAAUCCAAAAUAAAUUUCCCGAUUGCAUCUGAAGUGGAUUUGGCCGCUAUGGAAUUGUUUCUCGAAGAGGAGGGGAACUAUUCUGCCUUGGUAUCUUUUUUCUCCAAGAUGGGUGGCUAUAAUGUGUACGAGUUUAUCAAAAGGUGCAUUGCACCUUUAUUGAGUGAUAAUGUGGCCAUCGAUUACUCCUAUUUGGGAAGAAAGGGAAAGAAACGUUUUGACAAAUUGGCUUUGUCUAAAGCAAUCCUUGAAUCUGCUGAAAUUGCUAACAUUGCAAAAACUAAAAAGGAAACUGAAACCAACAUCAGCAUAUGGCUUAGAAAAGCUCGUGAGCGGAAAGCACGAGCAAUGGCCAAAAAUAAUAAUAACGAAAAUCAAUAAUGUAUAUAAUACAUUAUAUUAUAUUAUUAUUUGUGAGUGUCACAUAAGUCUAUAGUCUGUUUAUCACUUGACUAAAUCAAGUGCCUGAUUAAAGAUUUUUGACGCUGAUUGGCCAAAAUUUAGGGGCUUCACUAGAGCGGUCAGUGCCCAACUUCAAGGGUUAACCCAUUGCCCUAGUCGAGCCCCUAAAUUAUUGUCCAAUCAGCGUCGAAAAUUUUCGGUCAAGCACUUGAUUUAGUCUACAUCUCAAAUGAACAGACUUUAGACUACUCAAUUUUCAUUUUAAAUGGAACAGAAUGAUCUCUUUCGUUUUUUUCUGGCAAUAUUUUGCCAAUCUAUUCCUAUAUUAUAUAAGGUAUUAUAUUUUUUGUUAUCCGAGUUCCGAGUUUCACAAAUUAUUAAAAAAAAAAAACGAUUUUCCUUUUAAGUUUUAAUUUGUGAUAUUAAUAAUAAUUUAACUUUGAUUUGUGUGAAGCUUCGGAUGGAAUAAUUUAUUUUGUUGUCAACCAGAUUUUUUUAUAAAUAUAAACAUAUUUUCAAAUUGAAACUAUUAGCAUUUUUGAAAAAACCCUCAAAUCCUCAGUAUAUUUAUGGGAUAUUCUAUAAAUGUUCUGUGU